AUGGACGAACCAAUUGACAUUCAUGAAGACUCUGGUCGAUACUUGCAAGAGUUUAUUUCAAGUAUGGAAAACCUCCCGAGUGAAAUACAAUAUCACUGGGCAGAAAUAAGAAAUAGAUACGAUCAAGCAAGAGCACCUGAGAAGCGGAUAAAGAGUGCCCAGCAUGAUUUAGCCAAGAUCCAUAAACAAUGGUUCACUCAAGAGAUUGAAAAGAGAGAGAAAAUACUAAAAGAACAACCUGAACUGAUUCAACGUGUGAGAAAUGAUUACAAUAAACUUGAAGAUUUAGCAAAUGAAAGAGUCUCUUUGGCUGAGGAAGCCCUUAAACUUGUAGAUCGCCAUUUAAAUAAACUAAAACAGGAUCUUGAAAAACAUGAUCGUGAUCAUCCAGAUGCAAUGCCACUAUCUCAACCCAUACACAGUUACACAAUACCACACGGAAGACAAGAUUCCAUGGUAAUGGAUUUAGAUAUGGAUUCAGAUAAUCAACUAGAGGAUGACGUCGAUGAGGAGAAUGAGUCAGAGGAAGAGACAGAAUAUAGAUUACCAAUAAAUCAAAAGAGAAUGAGAAGAGAUAAUGGUGAUGCAGAUAAUGAUGACAGGCCAUAUUGCUUUUGCCAACAAGUGUCUUAUGGUGAUAUGGUAGCCUGUGACGGAGCAAAUUGUCCUUAUGAAUGGUUCCAUAUGGAAUGUGUCGGUCUAGAGGAACCACCCAAGGGAGCAUGGUACUGUCCAGAUUGUUCUGCAAGAUUAAUGAGACAAAGACGUAAACAAAGUCAAUUGACUCAACCACUGACAAAGAAAAUGAAGAAAAGGAAGGAUUCCCAUGUAUAA